AUGGAUACAGUGCCAGAUCCCACGAAGCCGGAAAUCCUCUUCUUCGAUGACUUUGAGCCAGAACCGCCCAUGGAGUCGAACCUGGUGCUAAAUCCAAAUCGACAAAUCUGCAAAAGGCAUGCGAAGUCGAGGAAGGACUUGAAGCGGCUGCAAAAGAAACAAGAGCAGUUGGACCAUUUCGAAGACUUCUUGCGCAGGUAUAAGUACAAGGAUGCCACCUCGCCAAGACGCGGCAACAUUUGGUCCGAUGAGCUGUGGCCCAUCCACACUGCGGCGAGACUGGGAGAUGUCGAUGUGCUGCGACGCCUUCUGCAGAUGGGAGUGGAUUUAGAGCAACAAACUUCCCGUGGCCAGACCGCCUUGGACUUCGCGCGUCGGGCCAAUCGAUGUGGCUCUCACCAAGAGGCCAUUGAGCUACUGGCUAGCAAAGUGAAGAUUGUGAACAUGCGUGACUUCUUUACCAUGAUGAGAGGACAUUUCACCACCGCUGUAGUUUGGGAAGUUGAGACUUCCAAGAACUA